CGGGACCGGCAGCACAGGCUAAAGGCGUCGUAUAACGGCAUAGCUUGGAACACUACUCCGGGUCGUUUAAUCCAAUGAUCAAUCAAUCUUCUCGGGUUUGUGUUCUUGCUGCAAGCUCUCUCAUACAGCCAACUUUCGCUAUCAACACGUGACUUCAGUGAUUGGGUCAAUCACUUGACUCAUUGCACUGGCACAAUCGUGGCGUUGCGUUGGGUGAUAUUUUUCAACUACGGUACACUACUACAUAUUACUACCUGUAUGUCUUGGGUAGGACGCACCAGCGCAAUACUCUGGCUCCGCAAACCUAGCAAACUAUAGCUGACGCUAUGGCGAAUAAUUUACUAUCAGUAGACGAAGCCAGGCUGCUAGAUUAUCCAGUGGAUCACAAUUCUCUUAUUAUCGAUCCGUCCUCGCUUUAUAGCCUUGAUGACACUGACCCACAGACCACUGGACACCUCACCACCUUAAGCCCUGAACCUCAUACAUUUGACGAACUAGCAAGCAAUUGUGCAUUAAAUCCUAACAACUUCGAGAGACCUCUUCAAUAUAGCAACACCUUACAAGAAGGGCAAGCGACUUCUUGGCCUACAGCAAGCUUUCAAGACGUGCCGUGGCUUCAAAAUAAUGAGUGGUGUGCAGGUGAUACUUCAAAUGACCCACCAUCUCACUGGCUAAAUGAGAGAUAUUUUGCCUCGCAGGAGCCCUCAUUUCGACCAGAUGAAAUAAACGAUGGACACCUUGACAACAGAACCAGUUGGCUUCAGCAAUCGCGACUGCAGUCUACUUAUCCACUCGGCUCAAAUGACAAUCGUGGACUUCCAAGGAGGAGAAGCCGGUAUUAUCUUCAGAGAACAGGGGAAAGGGCCACACCCCAGUUCAUUUCAAACCCUUUAUACGCUCCUGAUCCUAUGCAGCGCUGGCAAGAAUCGCCUCCUGAAGAUGAGCCAGCAUCCAUGUCUGCAAUUAUGAACACGUUGAAGAACCUCCCGUCCCCAGGUACAGAACCAGAUGGUUUCGCGUUUGGAAGUCCGGCUCCUGUUAGAGAAAAUGACCCAUUCAGAGGUUUUCGUCGACCAGUAUCAACAGCCAGCUCACAUAGCAGCGCUCCGAGUGUCUCUUCACAUCCAUCUACCGCAUCGGUCAAAUCUGGCACUUCGAGAAGAUCACACGAUUCAACGACAACAUCGAACAGGCGGUCUACUGGACGGGUUCUUAAAGGUAAAAGCGCUAAAUCAAGUCGCAAAUUCUGUUGCACCUUCUGUUGCGACCAGUUCAGAACAAAAUAUGACUGGGCCCGACAUGAGAAGACACUUCAUCUAAACCUUGAGAGUUGGACAUGCACACCCCAUGGUGCAUCUGUGACCUCGCCAAUCACAGGACGGCAACACUGCGCAUACUGUAAUAUGCUGGAACCAGGGACAGAACAUUUUGACGAGCACAAUUACCAGGCAUGCUUGAGUGGUACCCGUACCUUUCGCCGCAAAGAUCACCUAGUGCAACAUCUGCGCCUCACACACAAUCUCGAUGUCAUACCUCUAAUUGAUGACUGGAAAACACCAGCCCCGACAGUAACAUCACGUUGUGGGUUCUGUGACAGGAGGCUGUCGUCCUGGGAGGAGCGCGUUGAUCAUAUAGCUAGUCAUUUCCGGAAUGGAUCAACCAUGGAUUGCUGGAAAGGUGAACAUGACUUUCCACCAGAGAUCACUAAGCAUGUGACCAAUAGCCUGCCUCCUUAUUAUAUCGGCCACGAUUCUCGCUGUCUCGUUCCUUUUUCGGUAACCAAUGCCCAUGCGAAAGAUCAACUAGACCAGAUCACAUCGCGACUGUAUUGGAAUACUGCGAUCGAAAGCAAUACUCCAAAUGCUCCUGCACAGACGUUGUCCUCAGCUCGAACUUCUAAUAAUCCCCUGAACUCAUUAUUGGAAGUACUGGCAUCACACUUAGGUCGCUACACACGACAGAAAUUAGCGCAAGGGAUUAUCCCCACAGAUGAGAUGCUCCAGCAAGAGUCAAGGAAACUAGUCUACGAUUCUGAAGAUCCAUGGGACCAGACCAUCUUCGACAAUCCAGAGUGGCUUGCUGCGUUUCGCCGUGAACAUAUUGAGCGGCCAAACAAUCCGCACAACAACGAGCAAGCUUUAUCCCCAUUCGAUAGUCUCUCAAUCACGCAAUCUCCACACACAGAUCACGUUUAAGCACUGUGCCGUUAUAGAACAGCCAAAUGACAUGCUGGCCAAGCAAAGGCUCGUACAGGUUUGCAGGGUGAUUACUCCAGUGAAUAGCUACUAUAGACGUCAUACCAGGUCGCAAGAAGGGCAAGACAAGAUUCUGCAGAUUGCUCUUGAGCUUUCUGAUGUGGAUUUGUUCUGUCGGGCUAUGGAGUGGCUUGAGAGUCAGCCUUUUCCCUCUCGAACCGCCCAAUUUGCCCAAAUAGCGAAGAUUAUCUCACAAACUGGCAUCGACGCUAUUCGCUCCUCGU